AUGGUAGAACGUCAACUCUUACCGAAAACGGUUCGACCGCUUUUAUAUGAUAUCACUCUCGAGCCGGGACUGGAGCCUCGUCUACACGAGUCGGUGGCGACUUCUGACGGCGUUACGAGCGAGACGAGCGCUCCAGCGGGGCCACCAGCUGGAUCGCCACAACACCCAGGUGAUACUGAAGACGAAGAUGCAGCGUUUACUUUCCAGGGACAGGAGACUGUUGAACUCGAGGUGCUCGAGGACACGAGCUCCAUCGUUCUCAACGCACUUGAGCUAAAAAUUCACAGUGCGCGCCUCAACGGCGUGGAAGCACACAGCAUCACCAGUGACCCUGACGCUCAGACAGCUCGCCUGGAGUUUGGCCAAAAGUUUGCAGCUGGAACACGGGUGCGGUUGGAGCUGACCUUCCAGGGUAUUCUGAACUCGAAAAUGGUCGGAUUCUAUCGAGCAAAAUAUCAGGAUCCAGAGAGCGGCACUGUCAAGUAUAUGGCUGUGACGCAGUUUGAACCGACCGAUGCGCGGCAAGCUUUCCCCUGUUGGGACGAGCCCGCGCUCAAGAGCCGGUUCCGGAUAACUCUCGUGAUUCCAUCGGAUCGGCAGGCGAUCUCGAAUAUGCCAGUGGAGCAGGAGACCGUUCGGACCUCGGAUGGGCGGAAGGUUGUUCGCUUUGAAGAGACACCUCUCAUGUCGACGUAUCUCGUAGCGUUUGUCGUGGGAGAGUUCGAUUAUGUCGAAGGGCGCACCGCUGAAGGUGUACAAGUCCGAGUUUACACGCAGAAAGGAGUAGCUCAUCAGGGCGCUUUCGCGCUCGAUUGUGCCGUCAAAGUGCUUUCGUAUUUCACCGAGUUUUUCGGUACACCGUAUCCGCUCCCGAAAGAGGAUCUAAUCGCUGUUCCGGAUUUCGCGGCUGGUGCUAUGGAGAACUGGGGUUGCAUCACAUUCCGAGAGACCGCGUUACUAUUGGACCCGGAGCGGAGCGCUGCAAGCGCUCGUUCCCGCGUUGCCGAGGUCGUCGCACAUGAGCUUGCACAUCAAUGGUUUGGGAAUCUGGUGACGAUGGAAUGGUGGACGCAUUUGUGGCUGAACGAGGGCUUUGCAACCUGGGCCGCAGAACUUGCCGUCGAUCAUCUCUUUCCCAGCUGGCAGCAAUGGAUGCAGUUUGUUUCAACGACGUUUGCAGCGGCGCUGCGAUUGGAUGCGCUACGCUCGUCGCACCCGAUCGAAGUGGAGGUCGCUCGUGCUCAGCAAGUCAAUGAAAUUUUUGAUGCAAUCUCGUACUGUAAGGGAGCUUCCGUUAUCCGCAUGUUGGCAAACUAUCUGGGUCUCGAAGUUUUCCGCAAUGGCCUCUGUCGUUAUCUCAACAAGUUUACGUACGGGAAUGCGAGCACGGAUGAUCUGUGGCAGGCGCUCGAAGAGGAGUCUGGCAAACCGAUAUCCCAUAUGAUGCGUUCGUGGACGCGUCAGACUGGCUAUCCUGUGAUUUAUUUUGAUGAUGCAAACAUGAUCGUUCGGCAAGAGCGUUUUCUGGCGGAUGGCGGAAGCGUUUCCCAUACAUCUCGAGUGAAUACGAACGCGGACAGCGACUCGAAUACAGCACCGACGCACUGGGUCGUGCCCCUGGGCAUGAUGGAUAGCAGUCAACCAGCAGUGCCGCGCUACUUCCUGCUCGAUGCGAAGCAGGCAGAGCUUCAGUCGAUAUUGGGAACGGCGUCGAAUGCUUCGGAGCAGCGCUGGAUCAAGAUGAAUCCGCACCAGACUGGUACGUAUCGCGUGAAUUACACCCCAGAAAUGUGGCAACGCCUAGUGGAGCCCAUCCAGACCAAGGUGCUCGGCGCAACCGAUCGACUUGGACUCGCCAUGGACGCAUUCGCCUUGACGAAGGCUGGCAUUCUGCCGGCGUCUGUUGCUCUCCAAAUGCUCGCAGCGUUUUCGAAAGAAGACGAUUAUGCAUGCUGGCUCGACGUGGUUGGCUCUCUCGGAGAGCUCGGAGCGGUUUUCGCGUCCGACGAGCCCUCGCUACGGUCGCAGUUUGACCGCUUUGCCUGUGAUCUCAUGCGCUACACUGCUGAACGCAUCGGAUGGAAACCGGAACCCAACGAGGAACACGUUACCGCGUUACUGCGGUCGCUUCUGCUUGGGGCACUCGUGAAGCACGCCGAUUCGAGCACUGUGAACGAAGCUCGCCGGAGCUGGAAGGCCGAACAGGACGGAACGGAUCGUGUCCCGGCAGAUCUUCGACUCGCAGUCAUGUCUGCGGUCGUCCAGUACGGUACAGAUGCGGAUUUUGAUGCAGUACUGCAAGCGUACGCCCAAGCGGUUAUGGAUGAGGAGCGGGUGCGCUGUAUUCGUGCCCUCGGUUGUACGCGCGACCCGGCCAAAAUCCGUUGGUUGCUCGACUGGGGUCUUGAUCGUUCUCAGGUCAAGUCUCAGGAUGCGAUUUACGUCUAUUCGACGCUGGCUGCGAACACGGACUCUGGACGUCGAGCCACCUGGCAAUACCUGCGUGAGCAUUGGUCGACCUUUUAUCAGCGGUUUGGGAAAGGCAACUUUCUCUUGUCGAGCUUCGUUUCCUCGAUACUCAGAGACUUUUCUUCUGAAGAAGCAGCUGAGGAAGCUGAAGCGUUUUUUGCCUCCAUCCCAGACAAGGAGCGGGAGAGUAUCCAGCGCACCAUCCAGCAGAGCACUGAGCGCAUUCGCGCGAAUGCGGCGUGGCGCCAGCGGGACAUGCACGCCGUUCGGGCGUGGCUUGCAGAACGCUGCGGCUGA